UUCCGAAAUUCGAUUGGAGCAGAGGCCUGGCUAGUGAUCAAAGCUAUCAGAAGGUCGUUGAGUGUCAUUCAGGGGUUAUCACCGCGUGUAAAAAAGCGCUCGUGAUCCAAGGACAUUUUCCCAGUAAUUCAUCAAAGGAUAGUGUAAACUAAAUUUUUAAAAAUGCUGCCACGUAUCGUCAGACCGUCGAUGUCACUGGCCCAACAAGGCGCCAAGCAGUUGUCAACCAGUGCACAGCGCAAUGCCAAGGUGGCUGUGAUGGGUGCAGCGGGUGGCAUCGGCCAGCCCCUGUCACUUCUGCUGAAAAAUUCACCCCUUGUCACCGAAUUAUCUCUCUAUGAUAUCGUCAACACUCCUGGAGUGGCUGCUGACCUGUCCCACAUUGACACUCAUUCCAAAGUCACUGGAUACACCGGACCAGAACAGCUGAAGGACUCUCUUCGUGGCGCUCAAGUGGUUAUCAUUCCUGCUGGUGUACCUCGCAAACCGGGCAUGACCAGAGAUGAUCUCUUCAACACCAAUGCCUCAAUCGUUCGUGAUUUAGCCAAGGCUUGCGCUGAAGUCUGUCCGAAAGCCUUCAUUGCCAUCAUCUCGAACCCUGUCAACAGCACAGUCCCAAUUGCCAGUGAAGUUCUGCAGAAAGCUGGAGUCUACGAUCCCAACAGGAUUUUCGGUGUUACAACUUUGGACAUUGUCAGAUCUAAUGCCUUUAUUGGCGAAGCCAAGGGCAUUGAUCCCCAGAAGGUAUCAGUGCCAGUGAUUGGAGGACACAGUGGUAUCACAAUAAUUCCACUCAUUAGUCAGGCCAAACCUAGUGUCUCAUUCCCUGAUGACAAGCUCAAGGCACUCACUGAGCGCAUCCAGGAGGCUGGUACUGAGGUGGUAAAAGCCAAGGCUGGCACUGGCUCAGCCACACUCUCCAUGGCCUACGCUGGUGCUAGAUUUGGUUUCUCCUUAAUCAGGGCUCUCAAUGGCGAGCAAAAUAUCAUCGAGUGCUCUUACGUCAGGUCCAACGUUACUGACGCCAAGUAUUUCUCAACGCCAAUUCUCCUUGGGAAAAAUGGAGUGGAGAAAAAUCUCGGUCUCGGAAAAUUGAGCGCCUUUGAGGAAAAACUGCUGCAGGCAGCGAUUCCGGAGCUCAAGAAGAACAUACAGAAGGGCGAGGAAUUUGUAAAUAAGAAGUGAAAAUCCACAUGAAAACUUUGACUCAUCCACUUGCGUAUAAAUUACGUACUUUAAAUGGAAGUGAAUGUAAAAGAGAAUCAUGGAGUCCCAUUAAUGCACCGCAAAUGGUCGAGUGACUGCAGAUUAAUUGCCGAGCGCAUUUAACGCAGUUAGUGCCCAAAACCAAUCAUGUUAUAUUAAUUGAGAGUUUCAAUUAAAUAAAAACGUUCGAUAGACAA